GGAGGAGGAGCCCGGCGGCCGCCAGCCUGCCCACCUUUGGAGGAUCAACUGGGGGAACUGGAGUCCGUGUGGAGACCUUACGCCGGAGGACCGGGAAAACUUUUAUACUUUUUUGUACUUUACUCUCCAUGACAUUUAACAGAAGCUCUACAGAUAGGAUUCCAGGAAUCUUGCCAUGUUCAAGUCGGUGCUGAAGAAGAACAGAGAUGGAGGCAAGGGGAGCAAGAAGGAUUCAGGUGAUGUUCACAGUCAAAGAAGAUUCCCACUGGAGGGAACCCCCCAGUCCCAGGGGCCUGGCAGCACUCUCCCUAAUGAUGACAUUUUCAGGCUAAGCCUCGCCAAGGGAGUGUCCAUGUCUCUGCCCUCAUCGCCUCUGCUGCCACGACAGUCCUACAUGAUGCCCCUACGGCCCAGCAAAAGAUCACCAGGUCCAAGCAGGAAACCCAAAUAUGUUGAGAGUCCUCGUGUUCCUUCUGAUGCCAUCGUGUCAGCGCUGAGGAAGGUGGCCGAUAACAAGGAGUCCUCGCAAAAUGAGCUGCAAGCGGAGAAACAGCAGAGCUCCUCCUCCCCUGCCACCCAGGAACUGAUGACAAGGCUGGGCUUUUUACUGGGAGAAGGGAUCCCGGGCACGGCACGCAUACCUAUGGACGACAAGAAUGAAAAGAAGUGCUCAGUGACCAGCCAGGGUAUCAGCCCCUGCUCCACGCUGACCAGCAGCACGGCGUCUCCCUGCACUGACAGCCCAUGUUCCACGCUCAACAGCACAACCAGCCGUCCCCCUCUCAGCCGCUCCAGCCCCUGCGGGACCAUCACCAGCCCCAGCUCCACUCUUGAGAGCAAGGACAGUGGGAUCAUAGCCACCAUCACUAGUUCCUCGGAGAACGAUGACCGCAGUGGCUCCAGCCUGGAGUGGAGUAAGGAUGGCAGCCUGAGAGGGAGCGUGCGCCAUGGCCUGGCACAGAGCGUGCGGGCCGACACCUGCUCUCCUGUGGCCGAAGAAGACGCCAACGGCGCCACAGCAACGCCAGCCGACGCCUCAUCCAGGACAGACCAGCAGCAGCAGCCCAACUUAUCAGGGCCACCACAGCCUCACUCGCCCGAGGGGCCUAUUCCUUACCCACCACACACAUCCUCUUCCCUCAUGAUGCCAAGGCCGAACUCCGUAGCAGCGACCAGUUCCACAAAGCUGGAGGACCUGAGCUUUCUUGAUGAACAACGCAACACCCCCCUGCGGACAUCCAUUCGCCUUCCCUGGCACAAUACAGGAGGAAGGCCGCCUCUGGACUCCAAAGCUCGUUUCUCUCCCUACAAACCCGUGGACAUCAUGCUCAAGCCCUUGCUGUUCGAGGUGCCCAGCAUCACCACAGACUCCGUGUUCGUGGGCAGAGAUUGGCUCUUUCAGCAGCUGGAAGAUGUCCUGAAGGCUGGCGAGUCCACGGAGAGCCACGGCGCUGUAGUGGUGGGCAGCGUGGGUUACGGGAAGACGGCCAUUAUCUCCCGGCUAGUAGCGCUGAGCUGCCACGGAGGCCGCAUGCGUCAGAUCGCCUCCAACAGUCCCAGUGCCUCCCCGAAAAGUGGUGGAGGACCAAGCACAGAACUUCCUCUCAGCCAGCCCCCACAGCCCACCCCGCCUUCCAGUGCUACCAACACCCUGAGGACCAACAGUUGCCCCGGAACCCCCGAGAUGCAGCAGCGCCGGGAGUCGGCCGUCAAACGUCUGGCUGCGAAGGUGGUGGCGUAUCAUUACUGCCAGGCGGACAACACGUACACCUGCUUGGUGCCGGAGUUUGUACAUAGUAUUGCAGCCCUGCUGUGCAGAGCUCACCAGCUCGGUGCGUACCGGGAGCUGCUGCUGAAAGAGCCCCACCUGCAGAGCAUGCUCAGUCUGCGCUCCUGCGUCCAGGAUCCGAUGGCUGCUUUCCGGAGGGGGGUCCUGGAGCCACUAGCUAACCUUCGUAAAGAGCGUAAGAUUGCAGAGGAGGACCACAUCAUCUUGAUAGACGGGCUGAACGAAGCAGAGUUUCAUAAGCCUGACUACGGGGACACCAUAGCCUCCUUCAUCACAAAGAUAAUUGCCAAGUUCCCCUCGUGGCUCAAACUCGUGGUCACUGUCCGGGUAAACUUGCUGGAGAUCACCAGCCUUUUGCCCUUCUCCAAGAUCUCCCUGGAUGACUUCAAUGACAACGUAGAGAUAAGCAAUGACCUCAACGCAUACAUCCAGUACCGUAUCAAUGGCAGCAAAGAAAUCAUGAACAAUAUCAGCCUGAAUGGGAAGGCGGACCCCAUCACCGUCGGCAAGCUCAGCAGCCACCUGAUCUCCCGCAGCCAGGGUUCCUACCUGUAUCUCAAGCUCACCCUGGACCUGUUCGAGAGAGGCCACCUCGUCAUCAAAAGUGCCAGCUACAAAGUGGUGCCCGUCUCGCUGGCCGAGCUCUACCAGCUCCAGUGCAAUAUGAAGUUCAUGACCAAUUCGGCCUUUGAGCGCUCGCUGCCCAUCCUCAACGUGGCGCUCGCCUCACUGCACCCCAUGACGGACGAGCAGCUGUUCCAGGCCAUCAACGCCACUUUCGUCCGAGGCGAGCUGCCGUGGGAGGACUUCCAACAGCGCAUGGAGCUGCUGUCGUGCUUCCUCAUUAAAAGGCGGGACAAGACGCGCAUGUUCUGCCACCCGUCCUUCAGAGAGUGGCUGGUGUGGAGAGCUGACGGAGAGAGCACGGACUUCCUCUGUGACCCAAGGACCGGCCAUGCUCUCAUGGCUUUCAUGUUGUCCCGCCAAGAGGGGAAACUGAAUCGCCAGCAGACCAUGGAGCUGGGACAUCACAUCCUCAAAGCACACAUCUUCAAGGGCCUGAGUAAGAAAACAGGUGUGUCAUCCAGUGUGCUGCAGGCUUUGUGGAUCAGCUGCAGCGCCGAUGGCCUUUCUGCAGCUCUGGCCUCCCUGAGGAACCUGUACACCCCCAACGUCAAGGUGAGCCGUCUGCUGAUGCUGGGCGGGGCCAACGUGAACUACCGCACCGAGGUCCUGAACAACGCGCCGGUGCUUUGCGUCCAGUCCCACCUCGGUCACCAGGAGAUUGCCUCUCUGCUGCUGGAGUUUGGCGCCAGCGUGGAUGUGGUGUCUGAAAAUGCCAUGAGCCCCCUCUGCUUCUCAGCUGCUGCAGGACACCUGGGAAUCGUCAUGCUGCUCAGCAAGAGGGGGGCGAAGGUUGAUCACGUGGAUAAGAGCGGCCAGUGUGCUCUGGUCCAUGCGGCUCUUCGAGGACACCCAGAGAUUAUCCAGUACCUGCUGGAGCUGGAGUGGAGCGCCGAGGGGCAGCAGCAGGACAGCGCUCUGAAGAACAAAGCUCUGCAGCAGGCUUUGAUAGCAGCCUCCAGCAUGGGACACACACAGGUUGUGAGCAGCUUACUGGCUUUGAGUAAUGAGCACGCUGUGCAAAUUGAUAGCCACGACACUCUGUGGGGAGAGACAGGCUUGACAGCGGCUGCCGGUCGGGGGAAGAUGGAGGUGUGCAGCUUCCUGUUGGAGCAGGGGGCGGUGGUGCAGCAGGUCAACCGGCGGGGGGUGUCUCCCCUGUUCUGCGCUGUCAGACAGGGACACUGGCAGAUCGCGGAGCUGCUGCUGCAGCAUGGUGCUGACAUUAACAUCAGCGACAAGCAGGGCAGGACCCUGCUCAUGGUGGCCGCCUGUGAGGGUCACCUGAGCACCGUCGAGUUUCUGCUUUCUAAAGGUGCAUCCUUGACUUCGAUGGACAAGGAGGGGCUGACACCCCUGAGCUGGGCAUGUUUGAAAGGACAAAUGAACGUUGUGCAGUUUUUGGUGGAGAGAAGUGCAGUCAUCGACCACACGGACAAGAACGGACGAACUCCGCUGGACCUCGCUGCCUUCUACGGAGAUUCAGAGAUCGUCCAGUACUUGGUGGAAAGAGGAGCAGUGAUAGAGCAUGUUGACUACAGCGGGAUGAGGCCUCUGGACCGGGCCAUAGGUUGUCGGAACACGUCGGUGGUGGUGACUCUGCUGAAGAAAGGGGCAAAGCUGGGGAACGCUGCUUGGGCCAUGGCGACCUCCAAGCCUGAUAUACUGAUCAUCCUUCUUCAGAAGCUGAUGGAGGAGGGAAACCUGCUUUACAAGAAAGGGAAGAUGAAAGAGGCGGCCCAGAGGUACCAGUACGCCCUGAGGAAGUUUCCUAGAGAAGGCUUUGGCGAUGACCUGAAGGCGUUCAAAGACCUGAGGGUCUCCCUUUACCUAAAUCUCUCCCGAUGUCGCCGGAAAACCAAUGAUUUCGGGAUGGCUGAGGAGUUUGCAACUAAAGCACUGGAGCUGAAACCCAAAUCCUAUGAGGCCUACUACGCUCGUGCAAGAGCUAAAAGAAGCAGCAGGCAGUUUGCAGCAGCCAUGGCUGACCUGCACGAAGCGGCCAAACUCUGUCCCAAUAACCGAGAGAUCCGCCGUUUGCUGGCUCGAGUGGAGGACGAGUGCAAACAGAUGCAGCGCUUGCAGACCAAAGGCGGCCUCGCUGGGGCUGCAGUGGGUUCCAACCAGGCGUCCGGAGGCCAUGAGUCUGACCAGGAGCAAGAUGAAGGACAGGACGAACCCUCAGAGCACAGCCUCGCCAGGAGCGUGGAAGGCCAAAGAGACAUCCUGGAAGAGGAAGAAGAGGAGGAGGAGGAGACGGCAGCACCCGCUCAUCACUCCAGGACAGCUGAAGCAUGCAGGUCACACAACAGUCACUCCUACAACAGAGUCUUACCCUCGGAGCCUGUCAGCAACAGUGUGGGACAUCAGAGUCAGACCCCCAGCUCACCCCCACGCCCCGGCAGGCUGCCCCCUCACCGGUACCCUCGAGAGCACAGGGAGGCACUGGCCCAGCAGGGCCUAGUUCUGCAGCCGACCAAGCAGGCCCAGAUCGUCAAGACCAACCAGCAUAUGAGCUCCAUGCAGGCUGGGGCCGUGGGGGGGCGCUCAGGAGGGUCCAAAUCUCAGUACGCUCCGUCCAGUCCCUUACCCAGCCGACACAUGUCUAGCAUGCUGAAGCCGGGACCAGGCAUCGACAUCAGCCCUCUGCCUUCUCCGGCUGACGAGCCUGUGUAUGGUAACCGCAUGUCGCUGGCAGCAGCUUCCACCUCCAUCGGUCACAGUUUUGAAAACGAGAGCCUUCAUUCACCACAAGUCUCGUUUUCAUCCUGCAGCAGCAGCUCCAAAGGUGUGGGGCAGGACAGGCUGUCUUGUCACUCCGUAUCCUCUCUAGAUGCGUUGGCCUGCUCGGGUCCUGGACUCCAGGGGAACCACCUCGACAUAGGAAAGGAGGGCAUGUGUGGUGCAGGAGGAUCCCAGGGAGGAGGCAGCAGCAGCAGCAUGCAUGUCUCCAGCUCCACCAGCAGCCUGGCGUCCAGCAGCAGUCUAUCAGACAGCGGCAAGCUGGGACCCGACGUCCGCACCAAGACGAAGCACAGCCAACAGGUCAGCAGGCCAGCUCAACCCAGACCCUUCAUGGGCGUCACUGACAAGACGGCUCGCUUUCAGCAGCAGCUCCUUCAGCAGCAGCAGCAGAUUCAGCCGCACCUCGGCGUGCAGAGCCACCAGAGCCUGCAGUCUGCCGGCCGCAGCUGGCUCAACCACUCCUCCGACGGGCUGGUCUGUCACAACAUGUCAGCGAUGGGCCUGCAGCCUGUCGACUGCGAGCUGCCUUACGCCAAAACAGUGAGCACUUACCAGGAGCAGCACAAACCCCCAGCACCUCCGGGUCCUAUGACGAUGAGUAUCUUACAAAACGGCAUGCACGCCAAGGAAUUCACGGAGAAAUUCUGCCAAGCCGCCAACUGUUACAAAGAGUCCAAGCCAGCGCUGGCUAUGCCGCACCCGUUCAUGGACAGUAAGCCCAAGCAGCCGGGCUUAGUCCGAGAUAAUCCUGCCAUCCACGUAGCUUCGAUGAAACCAAAGCGAUCUUUUAUAGAGUCGAAUGUGUAGAGAUGUUUGUUUUUUCUCUCGUACAGUCCAUAACGCACACGCGUACUAGCAAAAAUCUAAAGUGGAAAGGUGGAUUUAAUUUUUUUUAACCCAGCCCUUGACAGAAUACAGUCUCACUUUUUAGCCUUGUUAGAAAAUACAGUACGCAAGCUGUUUGAUUCCCUGUGUGGACGCAGGCCGCGGGCAGUGUACCGAAUGCUCCAGAUUUCUCUCCUCCCAACCUGUCGCUUGUGGCUGUCGGCUCGUUUCAUGACACGUCCGCCAUCGUUCAGCCGAGCUGGAGACGUUGCACUGAAGGAAGUAUUCGGACGUGUACUGUACAGUCCUCACCAAAACAAAACGGUGACAGUGAGCACUUUAUAUGCAGUUAGGCCGCUUAAACAACACUUUCAGUUCCAGCUUAAUGUUAUUACGGAACAGUUCUGAGUGAAUGGAAAUUGAGCUUUGAACUGUGUUCAUUACGUCCAUGGUGCUGAGAGAAGUAAAGAAGAGGAAGUCCUCACUGAAGGUCAAAGAACGUCUCAAGGACGGGCAUUCCUGUGUUUUACGAAGGAUGUUAUAGAUCCUUGUGUAUAUUAUUAUAAAUAAGUACUUUUCCUUCUUUUCAGCGAAGGUCUGUGUUCCGUGUAUUGACAAGUUCAGACUUGCGUAUUUUGAGUUUUAUGCACAUUGUUGUUCAAAAGGUGUUUAAACGUUCUAAAAAAAAGCAUUUGUUAAAUAUGUUUGUACAUUAUAUAAAUCUCCAUUAACAUUCAAUUGAAAUCCUAUUAUGUACCUGCUUGUUGUUGCUGUCUAGUUUAAUUUAUUUACAGCGCCGAUGGCUUGGUUAAUUGUAAAAGCAAUAUAUUUUAUAUAGUUAUUUUUGCACAGCUACUAAGUCAUUUUCUGAUUCUCGAUAAUGUUGAGUUUAAGUGCAUGCUACAAUUGCAGUUUAUAUUUCAGAGUAUAAAAAAAAUCUAUAAAAACAGAAAUGGUUUUGGGGUUUAGUGCCAUCACCUCUAUUUUAAUAUGUACAUUUAAUGCAAUUGUUUCCAUGUUUUCAGUAUUGUGAGCUUUAUUAGCUGUGAUCACAUACUGUAAUAGAACAUUACUGCCAUAGCCAUCAUGGGAGAGAGAAAUAAAAGACCCUCUGAGGAAAAAACA